GGCGGACGGUACCCUGGGCUGGAGUGACAGAGGUGCUCCACACUUUGGAAAGUUUUUCGUAGUGGAUCCCACCCCUCCUUCCUCUCUCUCUCUCUUCCCCUCGCUGUACAAUUCAUAGAAAGGAGCUGCUGCUGAGCUGGCUUUCCCGAUAAGCCUGUUAUCUGCACCCUGCAUGUAUGACAGCUGCAAACAAACGCCAGUUGCAGCCCAAGCUGGACGCACAGACGGUCUGAGCCUGCCAUCGGGGAGACUUCACGGAGCCUCCAGGAAGGAUGUCGGUGAAGCUGAGGUUCACCUCUCCCAGCGAUGGUCUCUCCGCGGUUGGCCGCAGCCGGUCCUUCGCCGGCUUUAGCACGUUACAAGUUCGGCAGUCCUCGCAAUCGUUCGGGAAAAGCUCAGCAAAAUCAAAGCUGUCUGUCCAUUCAGAGAAAUUGUACCCAUCUCUGCGGAAAGGAUCCAUCAGGCUGGACCCGCAUCCCCACCAAGUCAAGAAAAUAUGUGAUGCCUUAAGGAAAGGACUAAACGAGUACCUUGAAGAACAUCAAACCCAGCUGGAUUUCCUGACCGGCCAGCAGAAGGCCAUGAAACGCAACUCCAGGCUGGGUUAUAUUUAUGAUCUGGAUAAAGAAAUUCGAUUAAAUGAAAGACACAUCCGGAAGCUGGAAUUCCACAUAAGUAAAAUUGAGGAGCUGUACGAGACGUACUGCGUCCAGUGGAAGCUGCGAGUCGGAGCCAGUAACAUGAAGCACGCCUUUUCUCUGUCCCCUACCACAAAGGCAUCGCGGGAAAGUCUCAUCGAACUGUACAGGAACUUCCAGGAGUGCACAGAGGACAUGUGUACAAUCGAAGGAGCACUGGAAAUGCAUCUGGGGGAAUUUCAAAUUAAGAUGAAAGGUCUGGUGGGUUACGCCCGGCUUUGCCCCGGAGAUCACUACGAGGUGUUAAUACGACUCGGCCGCCAGAGGUGGAGGUUAAAAGGCAAAAUCGAAACAGACGACAGCCAAAUGUGGGAUGAAGAGGAGAGGAUAUUUAUACCCAAUCUCUGUGAGAACUUUGAAAUCAAGGUCGUGGAGCUGCGGGGAUUAUCCACCAUCUCAGUUGGCAUUGUUACGUGUGACAGUGCGGACUUCUUUACCACUCGGCCCAGAAUCAUCAUAGUAGACAUAACAGAACUUGGUACCAUCAAACUACAGCUUGAAGUCAUCUGGAACCCGUUUGACAGCAACAAAGUCCUAUCCACACCAGGAAUAAGCAACAAGUUAUCAUCAAGCGCCCGGAGAGUGUCCGUGUACCACUGGACUCCGCCCAACACGCCCAGCUUCCGCGACAAGUUCUACCUUCAAAGUGACCUGGACAGCACAUACCCGUCCCUGGAUAAGGAUAUCCAGACCCCAUACAUACUGAGCUAUCUGGCCAGCAGUGGCCUACACAUGAGCCGCAGAAGUGUGGAGACCACCACAGAAAUGAACAGCGUGGAGAGCCUACGGAACCUGGAGGAGAACGAGGAUGAGGCCGCCACACAUCCCAGUCCACCAUCCUCCUGCGGGGACACCCUGCCUUAUUCUUCCACCCCAGAACUGAGAAACGAGUCCCACCUCGACAGAGGCGACCAACCACAGAGCCACGAGACUCUGGACAUUCUAAAAGAGACACCCAACCACUACACACACCAGACCGUAAAAGCCACAAAGCUGGAGUAUGACAAAGACACCACAACGGAGGAGUCCAUAGGGGAGAGCCUAACCAACAUUAUCGUUCUAGAAGAGAAUCCAGGGGAUGAAGAACAGACGUCUGGAGGUGCAGAAAGUGACAAAAGGGAUUCGUUAGCAAGUCAGAUGGAGGACGUCCUAGAUUUGAUCAGAUCAGAAGAUGUCACAAGGGAAAAGUUGAAGGACAUGGAGCAGUCUGUUCUGAGCUUCAGUGAGAGAGUCAGGACGAGUCGCCCUGCGCACCAGUCGCGUAGCUCCAUGGACAGUUUGACGGUGGAGACGGCACUAGAGAGUUUUGACUUCCUCAACGUGGAUUUCAGCGCGGACGACGUGUCGGUAUUUGGCAGCGUUCAAACUCACAGCAAGAGUAACGGGACCAUCAACAAGUCCGCUGUUCGGUCCUUUCCUUCUAGCACUGAAGUGGAACAUGCUGGAGAGAGCACGGGGCAUGAGGACCUGGACAACCUCCUGUCCAUCCACCUGGAGAUCUGUAAAGCACUGCUGAAGAAACUAAUGUCCCGAAACACAGCAAGGCUCAUUCAGACCCAUCUUGUGGAAGAACUGUCUUGGCAGAGAGAAGUCCUGCAGGAUUUGUCUAUCAUCUAUUUCCAGAAGGCGGAGGAGAAAGUGUCUAUUGAAGAUAUCUUCCCCAAGACCAAGAAGAUCCGACAUUUCCUGAAGCUGUGGGAGAGCUGUACGCAGCCGGAGUGCCUCUGGUUCUGCUCGGCGGAGACCUUCCUCAACCGACUCAAGAAAAUGUUUGUGAACAAAAUCAAAGGGAAGCACCCGGGACAGCUGGAGGCAGUUUUUCGGAGGACACUGGAGCAGAUGUUCAGUUUUGGAGGGAUCCUGACAACAGAUGAGGUUUCAGAGAACGUUGUCUCCAUCUUUCUCUUCUAUGGGUACCUUCGGCGAUACCAUGUCGUGGAUCUGGAGAAACACUUUGCCGCACUCACCAGGGAAGUCAUGCUGAUAGGGGAUCUACAACUCCCCGGGAGGCUCAAGAAGAUAAAAAAACUGAAGACGAAGCAGAUCUCUCGUCUCCAGCCUCUGCCGCAGUUCCUCAAGCUGAUCGCCCCCUUCCAGAUAGAUGAAAACAUCAAGCUGUGCAAAACCACCGCCAGCUUCUUCUGCCGGGCCUCUUCCAACAAACAUUUCAAGCAAAAGGCUUUGCUUUACUACACUGAACUUUUAUCUGACAGAGACCCCAAACUGCAGAGAUCUGCCUGUCUGGCCCUCAAACAUCUCAAUGGGACAGCCAGCAUUGACCAGAUUGCCUGUUUGUGUCAGUCGGAAGUGGAGGAGGUCAGGAACACCGCCAGGGAGACCAUUGUGUCCUUCGGUCAGCGAGGGCGACAGGUCUUCAGGAAGACGGACAAGAUCUGCCGCGAGCUCCAGGAGACGUUGACGCUGGAUGGCGAGAUAGAGAUCACCGUGUUCUGAAAGAGACUUUAUAUACAUUUUUUGAUAUCUCUCUGUAAGCUUCUGGCAGAAACGAUUGUAUAUUGUCACCCCACACUCGCUGCACAAAUAUUGUAUUUUUCCACGUUGGCUUUACAAAUCGGACUUCUAAACAGACAUUUUCGGGUUUGGAAGACAAAUCCAGAUGAGGCUCUCCAUUUUCUUCUAGCCUUCUGGUUCCUCAGCAGCUCCUUGAUGGUCCAUAUCUGGCCAAGGGCCACCCACUCUUGGUGCCUAGGACAUGCAGUGACUUUGUGUCACACCCCUGCCACUCCCGUUCCUCUAAUGAAGAGCCAUCUUCCACUAAGUCUCCCCCCCAUGACAUCCCAAGAGACAAGUUUCUUGCCUAUCUGUUAUUCUGACACCAUAGGCUCAAGUCACAAAGACCUAAAGAGGAACUUCAGUUAGAUUUCUUAUUUUUCAGCAAAUACUGGAGCUGCAGACUUUUAGAAAUCAGGUACUUGCCAGCAGGGCCGGGACAAGGGGUGGGCAGGUGGGGCGGGUGCCCUGAG